AUGGAUGUGACUUUUGUGUUGGAGGAUGAGACAGAAUCCUGUAUUAGAGUGGAGUUGUCCGAGAACUUCCAAGAAAUCAAAGAAAGAAUAAAGAUAUCGAGGAACAUUCCCGUUGACCGACAAACUCUACUCUUCAAUGGUCAAGUUCUUCAAAACGAAGCCUUGUUCAUCGACUCUCACAUCUCUCAACUCUCUCGCGUUCAACUCUUGGUUCGGCCCAAAGAAAACGAGUAUGAUCUGCCACACUGGAUUAGGAGAGCGUCCAAACUAGAUACACAGGGGAUGCAAGAGAUGCUCUCGUCGAUUCCAGAACCACAAAACAUGUCGUCUACUAUGGACGCAUCGGUGGUGCUCACAGAAAAUCCAGACGAGAUAGAAGAGUUUGUUUCAUCGAUGAUUGACGAGCCGCCGGAGGGGCCGGUGCCGCAGUUUCCGCCGCCGAAUAAAGUGAUGUUCACGGUGAAAAGCUUGGAUAUGAAGCGGAAGCCUCUCCGGAUGGAAAUGUAUGUGAACGACACCGUUCUGCGGCUGAAGGAGGUGUUUAUCAGAACGAAGAGGCCUCGAAGGCUAAAGGUGAAGGAUAUGGUGGUGGUGAAUAAAGUAGGUGAUGAAUUGCAUGACCAUAUGUCUAUGCUGGAAUGUGGGAUGCUUAAUAUGUCACAUGUUUACGUGUGUAGACGAUCGGAACGAGGAGCUUUGGUUGCCGUUGAUCUCAAACAUGGGAAGAUGUUGAAGGUGAUGGUGGUUCCCAAUGGCGGAAUUCAGGAGAUACCCAUUGAGGUUAAUUCUCUUAGUUGUUUGGGAGAUUUGAGGUUUGAGUUGGAGAAGUUUCACAAACAUGUUCUUCCCGAAAGUUUUGGUUACUCUUUUACCAUCAAGAACGGUCUUCUGGCGACUGAAACAUAUUCGUUUGACACGUUAGGGAUUACAGAGGGUGACACCGUUGUAAUCAACCCUAAACAACUGUCCUUUCCUUCUUCUUAG